GGUAUCUGGGGUCCCCGCACCAUGCCAGGUACCUCCGCCUAAUACCAGUGGCUGUUCACCACACCAGGAUGUGUCCUCAUGGUUUUGAAGUCACUUCUUGCAUCCAGAGUUUGUGCAAAGGGGAGCACACGGUAUUCGCCGUAAACAGCGGCGGUCUAACGGCCGCGGGGGGAGACUCGGUUGAAGUUUGGGGCUGGGUUAGCUGGGCUCACUCCUGAAGCCAAUGAGAUGUCUCCGGAGGUGGUUGGAUCCGGAGCAGAGGCGGAGCUGAGGGUGGCCGCGGCCACUACAAGUGCGGCGAAAGGUGGGCCUCUGGCGCUGGUGAUGGACGGUGUGGCCGCGGCUUUGAGCGGCUCCCCCUGCCUGUUGGUGCGAGGCUCCGAGCGGCUGCUGGAGGUUCCUGCGCCCCGGCGGAGCCGCGAGUUCACCCCGGAGGAGCUGAAAGAUUCCGUUUACUGGGAACGGCGGCGCCGGAACAACGAGGCGGCGCGGAGGUCGCGGCAGAAGCGACGCUUCAGGGAGUUGGUGCUGGAGCGGCGGCUGCUGGAGCUGCUAGAGGAGAACUGCCGGCUCCGGGCUCACCUGCUGGCGCUGCGCCUCCCGGACAGCCCGCCGUCGCCGCCCGUCUCUCCGGCUGCCCGGGGGGGCGUUGUCCACACUCAGGGAGACGAGCAGCCGGGCCCGGGAAGCAGAGCGGGCUCUGUGCCGGGGGACGGAGCGGGCUCUGUGCCAGGGGGCGGCAGCCAACCGGCCUGGAUAAGGAGUUUACCCCACAAACUGCGCCUGAAAAUCUCCUCCAGCUGCCCGCCAUCAGCCGCCAGGCCGAGCUGAGUUGCGGGGUCAGGUGAACUGGAGUCCCGGGCGGGAAGAAGUUGCUGCCGGUGUCGAUCUCCAACUGUAUCCGCAGUCAACUGCUGCUCUCCGCCGAAGUGAAGCUGCUUCAGACUCUACCGCCGGAGGCUGGAAUCCACUGGACUUUACCCCUCAUGUGACUUUUGCUGACCUUUUUUUUGUGUCUGUUUUUAUACAAUUACUAUUUGCGUCCUGCUGGUCAGUUGUUACGCUUGCUUUCUCGCUCAGCAGCUUUACAUCUGCUUCUGGUUUUAAAAAAAAGUCAAUGUUUUGCACAAAUUUAAUCCAAGAAUUGCUUGGUGUAGAGAUGUAACGAUGCUUUUGAUUGCUUACCAUUAAGGUGUGAAGAGAAAAGAUAGAUCUGCAGUUUAUUCAGGGCAGACUACUCUCUAUUGGAAACAGAACCGAGGUUCAAACAAUUCUGAAGAAAAGAAACGAUUAUUUAUAUAAUCAACACUGUUAACUAGAACUGGUUUGUUCCACAGUUAACAGUAUUUUAAAAGGCUGUGCCUUCUCUGGCAAAUAUGUUACGGAAUUUGCAGAAAGCGAUCUGUACCUGUCCAGUUUUUAUCUGUGAGGUCUUGUGGGUAUAUUUUAAUCACAAUAAAACAUCACCGUGGUAAAUCCUCAUAUACAAGCGAUCUAGGCAAUUUGCAGCCACACAGAAACGUUUAUUUAAAAACCCUGGAGGUGGAUUUUUGAAGGAUGGUGAGAUCUCUUUAACAACUCCACUCCAGUUAACUAGAUCAGCCGUCCUGCUGGGGACUGUCGGAUCAGGGUAUUUUGAAUGUUAAUUACAAGUAUACUUAACCAACCAACUUUUUCUCUCCUUGCCCGGGAGUAGUAAGGACAAUAGUAGUCCCGUCCCGUUUGAUCGAUCGAACUCCCUGCAAAGCAGCAAUUGAAAUCGGAAACUUUCUGGUUUUGGUGGCGGCGGCGGGGGGUGUCUCGUGCGACUUGUGCUUAAGCGCGCAGCUUACAUAUCCCGUGUACUCGAAUAAGGAAGACCAGCCGGGACUGGGGAACUGGUGCAGAAUCGUGAUAUUCUGUCUUAAAGCAAGCUUCAUGAGAAAUCAUUUGCGUGGAGAAAAAUCUGGUGUGAUUUCAGCAAACGACAGUGGCAAAUAAAGCCGAUCACUUAGUUUAUUAAAGUGGAUAAUUCGCAGCAAUUUGCGUUGUGUCGCGGUUUUCCAAAGUUGUUCUUGGUUUUUUAAAAUGUAUAAUUUGAUCAUUUGUAAUCUAAUUGACCUAAUGUCGAAGGCUUGCUGAAUGAAUCCGCUUUCGUGUAAGUUUUAUACGAUUCAUUCUGGAGGAGAAUGUUCACUGCAGGUGGAUCCGCUCUCGAGUAACAUCAGCACCACUACUCCGUGGCUUAAUCGCUGUAUGAUUAUGCAUCAUAUUUUCAUCCUCAAGAAUUGUUAAAAUGAAACUGAACACAGUUGAUUUGGAUUUCUUUCAUCACAGUGAGAAUGGGAAGUGUGUGGCUUUAUUGUAAUAUUUUGUGUGGCGUAAAGCCCAUGAGCUGCUACGGCAAAUUUGUAUAUGCAAAGUUACACCGAAGGUGCAAUUGGAGGCACUGCAUUUUAAAACUUAUUUUGCGGAGGUUUCUGUAUUCUGUUCUCCCGUUACUUUAGCAUCUCUUUGCAGAGAAUGAAAGGAUACUUCAGUGUGAUGACAUUUAUAAUCACAAUUCUUUGUCGGAAAUAUCGCUGUAAUUAUGAUACAGUCUCUAAUAAAGAAAAUUGUAGGACGAUU